UGGAGAUUACCUCACUUUCCUUUCUGUUGUUGCAGAUAUCAGGGGAUACUUACCAGGACGUCCCAGUACAGGACUCUAUAGAGGCUGGAUGCUGAAGGAAUGCUGCUCAUCUCGACUGACUCCAAAGCUCAGAUAAAGCUUUUCUAAAUAUGUCUUGUAUCUGAAGCAGCAGUCUGGAUUUUCUGGUUAAGUUAGUUAACUAUCGCCCAUCUGCUUUGCACGGCACCCGACCCGACAUAUGAUCCGAUUCAUCUAACACAGUUCAAAUGAAAAGGAAUAGCGUUUAUAGGUUUUUAUCAGUAUUUUCUUGUCUAAUUGUGUGCGUUUUUCUUUUGUUUUGGGUUUUUGUCUUUUAUUCGAUGGUUUUGGCACCUUAAGAUUUUUUUUGGACAAUUACACAGCGCAGGAGGGUUUGACACUCAUAUAAAACCGUUGGUUUGCGGCUGGUUAACGUUAUGUGCCAACAUUGUUUAUAACAGCGGGACAAUAUGAUGCUUUAAAACAUUUAUCAGGAAAGCGUGUAUGCUAUCACCGAUUAGGAUUAGAGAGUUUUUGUUAAAUUGUCAAAAUAUUACAUAUAAAGCAUUAACAAGUCGUAGCACCAGCGUAAACGGAACCACAUCUUCCAUUCUGCAUGCACUUGUUCUCUCAUUAAAAUAAUUUUAAAGUAAUUUGUGCAGCGCUAGCUGCGUUCCGUACCAAAACAACCCGACUGCGCAUGCGUGCAAGCUGACUGUGGUCAUAUGACAUCAACCGGGAAGUACUUGUCUGGAAUCAAAAGCAUCAGUCCUAAUGGAAGACAAGUCGAUGGAGAGAGGCGCAGCCGCCCCGAAGCUGCAGUUUGCCCCCUUCUGCAGCGCCCUGGAGGCAGGAUUCUGGCAUCAGCUCACCCAGAAGAAGCUCAACGACUUCCGCUUGGACGAGAGUCCAAAAAACAUCAAAGGCUACUACUAUAACGGUGAUCCCGUGGGCUUGCCGACACGCUUGACCCUGGAGUUCAGCGCAUUUGAUGUUGAUGGAGCCACACCUGCUCGCUGCUGUCCAGCGUCUGGAACUCUCUACAACACCAACACCUUAGAAGCCUUCAAAACCACCGACAAGAAAGCUCUGCUGGAUAAAGCAGCCAAUGAGAUUUGGAGCGUUAUUCAGUCAGGCGCUGUGCUGGAAGACUCCUCAAUCCUAAACAAAUUCAUCCUCUUGACAUUUGCGGAUCUGAAGAAAUACCAUUUCUAUUAUUGGUUCUGCUUUCCUGCCCUUUGCUUUCUGGAGGGGGUCCAGCUGGUGCAGGAGCCGGUGUCAUUAGAGCAAAGCUUCUCUGCCAAACAGAUUUCAUGCCUGCAAACGGCGUAUGAUAAUCUUUGCGUCUCCAGUGGUACCACGGCAGUCCCACAUUUUCUGCUCAAGUACACAGAAGAAAGUGUUGAAGUCGCUCCUCUAAAAGACUUGACCUCCUUCUUCCCAGACCUAAAGAAGAUUACUGUGGGCGUGUAUGACCCAUGCACACUGCCUCAGCAUCCAGGCUGGCCUCUCAGAAACUUUCUCAUCCUCCUCGCGAAAAAAUGGGGUUCACAGCUGGAUGUGCUGGAGGUUCUGUGCUUCAGAGACAGGACUCUACAAGGGAGCCGCUCGAUUCAGCACAGCAUCAUCUUUCGGGUCAAGCUUCCAGACCUCACAGCUUCUGCGGUAUGUCCAAAGAGUGUGGGCUGGGAGAAGAACGCUAAAGGUGCGAUGGGACCUCGAAGCGUCAAUCUCAGUGAAUGUAUGGACCCUAAAAGGCUUGCCGAGUCUUCUGUCGAUCUCAACCUGAAGCUGAUGCGUUGGAGGCUGGUCCCGUCUCUGGAUCUGGAUAAGGUCGUGUCGACGAGGUGUCUGUUGCUGGGAGCUGGGACUCUGGGCUGCAAUGUAGCAAGAACACUAAUGGGCUGGGGUGUGAGACACAUCACUUUCGUGGACAACGCGAAGAUCUCGUACUCAAACCCGGUGCGGCAGCCGCUCUAUGAGUUUGAAGACUGUCUGAGUGGAGGGAAGGCUAAAGCUCUCGCCGCGGUGGACAGACUGAAGAAGAUCUUUCCUGGUGUGAAUGCAGAGGGCUACAACAUGAGCAUCCCAAUGCCAGGCCACCCAGUGAACUUCUCCAAGCUGACAAUGGCUCAAGCUCGGCAGGAUGUGGAACAGCUGGAGAAGCUUAUCUCUGAACACGAUGUGGUCUUCCUGUUGAUGGACACUCGAGAGAGCCGCUGGCUUCCGACCGUCAUCGCUGCUAGCCAGAGAAAGUUGAUAGUUAAUGCUGCUCUGGGAUUCGACACCUUUGUGGUAAUGAGACACGGCCUUAAGAAACCCAAAGAGUCUCAGUCUGAAGAGUCCAGCCCCAUGUCUGCUUCCUCCAGCUCCUCAUGUUCCUCCACACCAGCAGCCACCAUCACACCAGGAGCAUCUCUAUUCUCCAACAUACCCGGACAUCGCCUCGGCUGCUACUUCUGUAAUGAUGUGGUCGCCCCUGGGGACUCUACCAGAGACAGAACUCUAGACCAGCAGUGCACAGUGAGCCGUCCCGGUCUGGCCAUGAUCGCUGGAGCCCUGGCUGUGGAGCUGAUGAUCUCUGUACUCCAGCACCCAGAGGAAGGUUAUGCUGUGGCCAGCAGCAGUGAUGACCGGAUGAAUGAACCCCCAACCUCCCUGGGUCUCGUCCCCCAUCAGAUUCGAGGAUUCCUGUCAAGAUUUGACAACGUUCUUCCUGCAAGUUUGGCGUUUGACAAAUGCACCGCAUGCUCACCGAUAGUUCUUGACAAUUACGAGCGAGAAGGUUUCCAGUUCCUCGCGAAGGUCUUUAACUCAUCCCAUUCCUUCCUGGAGGAUCUGACCGGCUUGACUUUACUCCAUCAGGAGACUCAGGCAGCUGAGAUCUGGGACAUGAGUGACGACGAGAGCAUUUGAAGGACUCUGGACCAAACCGCUGGAGACACCAAAUGAAGCUCCUCUGACUGGCGGCUCAUCUGUUCUCUUAUAUUCAUUUUCAGACAGUGACCCUUCAUGCACUUGUUGAAAUAUUUGUCUUAACCAUUCACGUAACAUCACAUUCUAGCGGUCAGAGCUUGUCUGUGUCAGAAUUAAAGCGAUGUAAAUAAACAUGCUGUCACCUGCUCUGCUCCGGUCUAGACGUCGAGUCCAGUGUUGUUCUGUCUUAAAAAUCUAGUUCACCCAAAAAUGAUAAAUGACAUUAUUUACACACCCUCAUGUUGUUCCCAAACACAUUGUUUAUAUUAGAAACACAAGAGUAGCGUUUUUUUUCUCCACACUAUGGAAGUCGUUGGCUACCAGCAACUGUUUGGUUAUCAACAUUAAGAAACUCAAACAGGUUUUCAGCAACUUGAGGGAGUAAAUGACAGAUUCCUCAUUUUUGGGUGAACUAACCCUUUAAAAGGUCUGUUUUCAGAAUUUCCCUGCCCCUAUUUUUUUAUUAGAUUGUUUGUCCACCGGACAAUUUUUGGGAAGGAAAUCAUCAACCAUCAUUGUCAAGGGCGGUUAAAUGUGUCAUAUAUGCUGACUAAGAUCCUUUAUCUUCAGGCGUGUGUUAAACUGGCCUAAUGUUCAUGAAGUGUGUUAGAUUAUGGCAGGUGUCUGGUUUGUGUUCAUCUCUGGUGGACUGUACUGUACAUCCAGCCACUCAACUUCAUCUCGCUCCAUCAUUGCAUUGUAACAGUCUAGAAAUGUGGCGUUGUUGGGGUUUUUUUGCAUUUGUUCACAUAAUAAAAUUGUAGUGACUUAA